AUGGUAGAUCCUACUUCUACGAGCACUGGUUCAGCCAGUAUUCCUUCAUCUGGGAUUGAUACAGGGAGUCAUUUCUACAUUCAUCCCUCAGAUAAUCCUGGAGCAGUACUUGUACCAGUUCCUUUUAAUGGAACUGGUUUUCAUUCAUGGCGUCGUAGUGUACUUCGUUCUUUGUCAGUGAAGAACAAGCUAUUGUUCAUCAAUAGUGAGUGUAAGAGACCAGAGGUGAAUCAUUCCAGUUAUCGUCAAUGGGUGAGGUGUGAUGAUAUGGUCACUUCCUGGAUUCUCAACUCUCUAGAUCGAGAUAUUGCUGAUAGUGUUAAAUAUGUCAAUGAUGCUCUGAAAUUGUGGACAGAACUGGAGGAUCGAUAUGAUCAGACAAAUGGAGCAAAAUUUAUCAAACUCAGAAGGAAAUAA